AAAUGAUGUUAUCCUGGAGGCCCAUAGCCGGAUAUUCCAGUUUCCAAUUGGGAGCAAAACUCCUCUCCUUUCCUCGUACUCCCACUCGCACACUUCGCUUCUUUCCUCCAAAACUUAAAUCUUCUACUACAACUAAUACUUCAAACUUCCUUUCAAAAAAAACUAAUACUUCAAACUUCCUUUCAAAAAAAACUAAUACUUCAAACAUUUCUUCAACUCAACUUCUCAACUCCUCUCAUUUUCUCUCUCCUCCUCCUCCUUCUCUUCCUACCUUCUCCACCUCUUCCAUGGCUUCCGCAUUGCGCUAUCCCUCUUCUCGCCGUGAUGAUUCCGUCGUCGACGAUUAUUUCGGCGUCAAAAUCGCCGAUCCUUAUCGAUGGCUUGAAGAUCCGGAUUCUGAUGAGACGAAGGAGUUUGUGGAGAAUCAAGUGAAGUUAACUGAUUCAGUGCUUCAAGAAUGCGAUACGAGAGAGAAGCUUAAUGAGAAGAUGACUCAACUUUUCGGUUAUCCGCGGUUUUAUCCGCCAUUUAAGCGCUGCGAUAAGUACUUCUACUUCCAUAACUCUGGCCUCCAACCACAAAGCGUGCUCUAUGUUCAGGAUAGCCUAGAUGGAAAGCCAGAGGUGCUGCUUGAUCCUAAUCAGCUUAGUGAGGAUGGAACAGUGGCCUUGAACACUUAUUCUGUCAGUGAGGAUGCCAAAUAUUUCGCUUAUGGUUUAAGUGCAAGCGGGAGUGAUUGGGUAUCAAUUAAAGUAAUGAGAAUUGAAGAUAGAAGAGUUGAGCCUGAUACACUAUCCUGGGUUAAGUUUAGUGGUAUUACUUGGACUCAUGACAAUAAAGGAUUCUUCUACAAUCGCUACCCACCACCCAAUGAAGGAGAAAUAUCAGAUGCUGGAACUGAAACAAAUUCUAACGUCAAUCAAGAGCUGUAUUAUCAUUUUCUUGGUACUGAUCAGUCUGCAGAUAUUUUAUGUUGGAAAGAUCCUGAGAAUCCCAAACACUCUUUUGGGGCUGAGGUAACAGAUGAUGGAAAGUAUCUUCUUCUGUAUACUUCAGAGAGCUGUGAAGUAGUAAAUAAAGUCUACUAUUUAGAUUUGACAACACUGCCCAAUGGGAUUGAAGGUUCCCGAGCGGAAAAAGAUCUGCUUCCUUUCAUAAAGCUCGUUGAUACAUUUGAUGCAGCUUACGACGCUGUUGCUAAUGACGAUACAGUGUUCACUUUUCGAACUAACAAGGACGCUCCAAGGUACAAGUUAGUUCGUGUUGACUUGAAAACCCCAGAAAUAUGGACUGAUGUCGUUCCGCAGUCUGAGAAGGAUGUGCUUGAAUCAGCCUAUGCUGUCAACAGCAACCAUCUUCUUGUCUGUUAUUUAAAUGACGUGAAGCAUGUUCUUGAGGUUAGAGAUCUUGAAAGUGGUUCUCUGUUGCAUAAUUUACCCCUUGAGAUUGGGUCUGUUGAUGACAUCUCUGCACGACGAAAAGAUAGCGUGAUAUUUUUUAGGUUUGCAAGCUUCCUCUCUCCGGGCAUAAUUUACAAAUGUGAUUUGAACUCCAAUGCUCCAGAAAUGGCAAUAUUCAGAGAAAUCGUUGUCCCAAAAUUUGAUCGUGAUGAGUUUCAGGUUGACCAGGUUUUUGUUUCCAGUAAAGACGGCACUAAGAUACCAAUGUUCAUAGUUGCAAGAAAGGGAAUUGUUUUGGAUGGAUCACACCCGUGUCUAUUGUAUGGUUAUGGUGGGUUUAACAUAAGCAUCACACCAUCCUUCGGUGUCAGUCGCAUUGUUCUCUUAAAGCACCUUGGUGCCGUUUUCUGCAUUGCUAACAUCCGGGGUGGUGGUGAAUAUGGAGAAGAAUGGCAUAAGGCAGGAGCCCUUGCCAAGAAGCAGAACUGCUUUGAUGACUUCAUUUCUGCUGCUGAGUUUCUUGUUUCUAAUGGUUAUACCCAGCCAAAAAAAUUGUGUAUAGAAGGCGGAAGUAACGGUGGGCUUCUUGUCGGUGCUUGCAUUAAUCAGAGACCUGAUAUAUUUGGCUGCGCUCUUGCUCAUGUUGGUGUUAUGGACAUGCUCCGAUUUCACAAAUUUACCAUUGGUCAUGCUUGGACAUCAGAUUAUGGUUGCUCUGAUAAAGAGGAAGAAUUCCACUGGCUUAUAAAGUACUCACCCUUACACAACGUUAGGAGACCGUGGGAGGAAUCAACUGAUCAUUCUGCGCAGUACCCCGCUACCAUGUUAUUGACAGCUGAUCAUGAUGAUCGUGUGGUGCCUCUGCAUUCACUGAAGUUGCUGGCUACAAUGCAGCAUGUCCUAUGCACUAGCUUGGAAGAUAGCCCUCAAAAGAACCCAAUCAUUGGUCGGAUUGAGUGCAAGGCUGGUCAUGGAGCUGGACGCCCAACACAAAAAAUGAUUGAUGAGGCAGCGGAUCGGUAUAGCUUUAUGGCUAAGAUGGUAAAUGCGUCGUGGAUUGAUUAGAGAGUUGCUAGGAAACAUUGAAGGGAAAAAUUCUUGUUUGGAAUUUUCCUUUCUGAUUUUUCUUUUGCAAUAAAACAUUCAUAUCUCGCUUGUGUUUAUGUGAUGACAUUUAAGGAUGUGUUUGGCCAGAGCGUUUCUUUUAGUCAUUAUAGUCAUUUAUGAUAAACUAGUCUUAUACACACGCGAUGCGUGCGUUAA